AGGAGCUCCGCGGCUUCGCGGCCGAGACCCACGGCAAGAUCUCGGCGCUGCGCGCCGAGCUGGACGCGUCCCUGGAGGCGGGCUCCGCGCUGCGGCGGGGGGCCCUCGACGCGCUCAACGCCGCGGUGGCGGAGGCGGAGCGGCGCGUCCCAGUGGACAAGUCCGACGCGAUCCCCGCGCAGCUGCUCGGGCCAGACGCGGAGCCGGGCGGGAAGCUCUUCCCGAACCUGGCGAAGAAGGUGAGGGCCAUGUGCGCCCGGAGCGCCGAGGAGGUGGAGGGCCGCUACGUCGAGGCCUGGCGGGCGCUGCUGCAGAAGGACGGCAUCCACGAGGGCCUGGACUCGCUGCGCAGCGAGCAGCGCGCCGCGUGGGAGCAGGCCUUCAAGGACUGCUGCCGGAGGCACGCCCUCGCGCUGGCACAGUCUGACCACCAGGCCGUCUUCCAGACGGUUCCCGCGCGCGGAGCGGGCGCGGAGCCGCUGGCGGUCAUGUGCUGGAACGUGCUGGAGUUCCCCGACGCGGCCGCCGCUGCCCCCGUCCUCGACGGCAUCAACCCGUACUGCGACCAGCUGCUGGCGGCUCUCGGGCGCAAGGGCACCGAGCAGAAGAAGCUGCUCACCGAUGCGAUGUCUUCGGAGCUGGUGGCGUCGCUGCACCGCGACGUGGUGCUCGGGGCGGUGCAGGAGGCCGCGGACAGCGGCGCUGCAGACGUGAUCCUGCUGCAGGAGCUGAGCAGCGGCCACCAGUCGGCCUUGGAGGCCUGGUGCGCGGCGGCAGGCUGGAGCUCGCGCUUCGCGGAGGGCAACGAGGACCCAAAGAAGUGCGACGCGAUCACCGCGAUACUGACCAGGCGCCCCACGGACGAGGACUGCCAGGCGACGGUGCAGGAGAACAAGAAGACCCGGCACUUCGCGGCUGCCAGGGUCGGUGAAGCUUGGCUCGUGUCGUGCCACGUCCCGCACGAGGUGGCGGUGAAGGGGAAGACCAGCGGCAACGAGGAUGUGGCCUUCCGGGUGUUGGUGCAGCUCGCGGAGCGCUUCCGCGGGCCCGCUGGCGGGCCCGGCCUGCUGGUGGUGGGCGGCGACUGGAACGCCGAUGUCCACGCGGUGGGCGCCAGGGCGGCGGCGGAGCCCCCGUGCGGAGCCGCGCGGGUGUCGCCGCACGCGCCGCCGGCCGGGCAGGCGACCUGCAGGGGGUGCGGCGACGUGAUCGACGGCCUGCUGCGGCUGGAGUGGUGACGUCGCGCCCUGCGGAGGAGCGGAGCCUGAGCCCCAGCGCACCGGAGAAGAUCAGGACGGAGGUGCUUCCUAUAGCUUUCGGCCGCCGUGGGCCGGGGCCGUCAGACAACGGCUCAGGACGAACAGCCGGCCCUGGGGAAGGGAUGCAGGAUUCUGGGGGCCCAGCAUUGCACAAGUAAAGACAUCGGACCUUUGGGGAGGAAGGGUGGGGGGGCGGCUGGGCGGCGGCAGCCGCGGUCGACCCUGGCUGCCGCGGCCAGAGUGGUGGCGUUGCGCCGUGUGGACCAGGAGGCCGUGGAACGUCCCGAA